GCUCUGCCUUCCCCUCCACCCCCACUACCGUAUAGCCUGGCCCAAUUUGAAUUCCCCUUGGACUUUGCGCUUGUCCCCCGACAGCCGCACGGAAAAUCGCACCAAGUUGCAUCGAGCACCUCAUCGCUGCUGCCGACCGACAUUACAUCAAACCAUCUACAGAUAACGCGCGCGGCACGACGCACAGCCAGCGGCGACACCGUUAACGACCAAAGCUUAGAUACGACGACGACAAACACCUCGUCGACAACGACAACGUCAACGUCAACAGAAUCCGAACUGGGACUCUAAACUUUCCGUACCUGUGGAGCUCCCCCCUACUCUCCCUGGUCCCCUCGGCUCGCGCCCAUUACAUCAACCCUCCGGCGAGCAGAAGCGAAAAGGCUCGGUCUGACCGAGGGCCUUGAUCACAACUCCCCCAUCUCAUCCCAUCGCACCCCCCCACACCCACAGCAAGCACCACAGCACACACCAUGGGCCUCCUCGCCCUCGGCACGCCGCUCGACUGGCCAGAGACCAAGCCGCUCGCCGAGCACAUUAGGAACCACGGCAUCACCCAGUUCCUCAACACCUGGAAGCGAUGGAAGGACCGUUCCGGCGAGGGCCUGCUCUGGGGCGAUGAGAUCGAGAUGUUCGUGACGUCGCUCGACGACAGCGUGCCCGCUGCAUACCUCUCCCUGCGCCAGAGCGAGAUCCUCGAGAAGCUCAAGAACGUGACCGAGGACCCCGAGCUGCAGAAGUUCAAGCCUGCCGGAUGCCGCAGCAUCCCCACGUUCCACCCAGAGUAUGGACGCUACAUGAUCGAGUCCACCCCCGGGUGCCCGUACACCGGCUCGCUCAAGGACCUGCUCACGGUCGAGAUCGACAUGCGCUUCCGUCGCAAGAUUGUGCGCUCGCACCUCCUCCCCAACGAGCUCCCCAUCACACUCACCUCGUGGCCCCGCCUCGGUGUUGAGAAUGCAGUCUUCACCGACCCGUCUACCAAGCCCGACCCCGAGCACAGUGCGAGCAAGAGCCAGUACGUUGGCCAGCUGAUUACCAACCCGCACGCACGUUUCCCUACCCUCACGGCCAACAUUCGGCAGCGGCGUGGUUCGCUUGUUGACAUUCGGGUUCCCCUGUAUGUUGACAAGAACACCGUCUUGCCCGACGGCGUCAAGGCGCCACUCUCAGGAGGCGUUCCGCCACCGGCAAAGCCCGAGCCUGGCACCCCCUACAUCCACAUGGACGCUAUGGGCUUCGGCAUGGGCUGCAGCUGCCUGCAGAUCACGUUCCAGGCGUUCAAUGUCCAGGAGGCACGGACCGUGUACGAUGCGCUCGUGCCCAUUGCCCCGAUCAUGCUUGCCCUCACAGCGGCGGCACCUGCCUUCCGCGGCCGUCUGGCCGAUGUCGACGCCCGAUGGAACGUCAUCGCGGCGUCGGUUGACGACAGGACCGAGGAGGAGCGCGGCCUCAAGCCCCUGAAGGAUGCUCCUUUCACCAUCCCCAAGUCGCGCUACGAUUCGGUCAGCCUGUACAUUGCCAAUGACGCCCGCAACAAGCCCGAGUACUCGGACGUCUACGCGCCCAUCAAUGAGAAGGUGCGCGAGAGACUUGUCGCCAACGGCCUCGACAACAAGAUUGCGUCGCACUUUGCCCACUUGUUCAUCCGUGACCCGCUGGUCCAGUUCUCCGAGACCAUCGACCAGGAUGACGAGAAGUCGAUGGACCACUUUGAGAACAUCCAGUCCACCAACUGGCAGACUGUGCGCUUCAAGCCUCCUCCCGUCGACUCGCCCAUUGGCUGGCGUGUCGAGUUCCGUUCGAUGGAGAUCCAGCCUACCGACUUUGAGAACGCCGCCUUGUCGAUCUUCAUCGUGCUGCUUAGCCGCGCCAUCAUCUCGUUCGACCUUAACUUUUACCAGCCCCUCUCCCAGGUUGACGAGAACAUGCAGCGCGCCCAGCAGCGCAACGCCGCGCGCGCCAACAAGUUCUGGUUCAGACGCCAGGUGUUCCCCGAGGAUGCGUCGAGCUACGACCUCGAGUCGCGUCCAGUGUCGCCUCCCAACGCUGUCACACCGCCUGAGGGCGAGGACCGCCCGCUGUCGCCGACAGCCGUGGUCAACCACGUGUCGCGCGGUCUUGCAGCCGCCAACGGACACGCCAAUGGCAAUGGCAACGGUCACGGCAGCAAGUCGCCUUUGCACACGCUCCGUAAAUCGGGAUCCGUCUCGUCGUGCACGUCGCUGCUCGAGGAGGAGGAGGCAUCCGUUGGCCCCGAGUUUGCGCAGAUGACGCUCGACGAGGUGAUCAACGGCCGUGGCGAGUUCCCGGGUCUCCUCGGCGUCGUCAAUGCCUACAUCAACUCGAUCAACGCCGACGUCCAGACCAAGUGCGAGAUCAGGCGAUACCUCGACCUGAUUAAGUUGCGUGCCAAGGGUGAGCUCGUCACGCCCGCGACGUACAUCCGCAACUUUAUCACGACGCACCCCGACUACAAGCACGACUCGAUCGUGUCGGACAAGAUCCAGUACGACCUGGUCAAGGCCGUUGACGAGGUUGAGCGCGGUGUCCGUGCUGCGCCCGAGCUGCUUGGCAAGGACUAUGUUGGAUCUGGAACUGGCGUUUUGAACGGCACGCACAGUCACGCCGCAUAGAAGAAAUAUCAAUGAGCCUCUUGGCGGCGCAGCACAUCAUCUAUGCGUCGUCGAGGUCUAGCUAUCAUGUCUCUCUCUCUCUCUUUUUUUGGCCCGCCGAUAGACGGCGUUGUACCGAUAAUAUGCACACUGGGAUAUAUA